AUGAAAUCUCUCUUCGCUCGUUUCUUCCUCAUCCUGCCCUGGGUCCUGAUUGUUUUCAUUGUGCUGGAGAUUGACCCGGGAAGACCAUCUAUCCGGAGCCCUCUCCCCCCAUCCCAGCUCUCCAGGAAUCCCGGGCUGCCUCGCUUGGAGCCAAUUUCUAACCAGUCUAUUCCCACCAUUUAUGCAAUCACGCCGACCUACAGCAGACCGGUGCAGAAAGCUGAGCUCACCCGGCUGGCUAACACCUUCCGCCAGCUCGACCAUUUCCACUGGGUCCUGGUGGAAGAUUCCGCUUUCAGGAGCCGCCUGGUGAGUGACCUGUUGGCACACUCGGGGAUUCCUUCCUACACCCAGCUCCAUGUGCAAACCCCCCGGAGGUACAAGCGGGCAGGCUUACCCCGAGCUACCGAGCAAAGGAAUGAGGGGCUGCGCUGGGUCCGCAGGAACAGGUCAUUCCACAACUCCGGGGUGGUCUUCUUCGCUGAUGAUGACAACACUUACAGCCUCGAACUAUUCCAGGAGAUGCGUUUGACCCGUAAAGUGUCUGUGUGGCCAGUCGGAUUGGUGGGCGGACGUCGCUAUGAGCGCCCAUUGGUGGAACAAGGUCAUGUGGUCGGUUGGUACACAGGCUGGAGACCAGACAGACCCUUCGCUAUAGACAUGGCAGGAUUUGCCGUGAAUCUGAAAGUUAUUCUAUCAAAUCCUAAAGCUGUCUUCAAACGGGGUGGAUCACAACCAGGAAUGCAGGAAUCAGACUUUCUGAAACAAAUUACAACUGUCCAAGAGCUUGAGCCAAAAGCUGCUAACUGCACUAAGGUGCUUGUUUGGCACACACGGACCGAGAAGGCAAACCUUGUUUUUGAGCCUAAACACAACCAGGACGUAAUUCACAUUGAAGUCUAG